AUGUCGUACCAACGCCCCCAGGAUCCCUAUAUUCACUCCAACGCCUCUCAAUACGAUGAGCGUUACAUGCAGCAGGGCUACCAGCAGCAGCAGGGCUACGGCGGUCAGCAGGCCGUCGGAUACCGCGAUUACCCUGACCACGCCUCUGGCUACCAGGGCUCCUACAAGGAGUCCUCCGAGGGUCUCUACAACAGCCAAGCCGCUGGCGGCUACGGUGCAGGCGCAGGCGCAGGCGCCGGUUACGGCCAGCAGCGCAACGCUGCCACCAACGCUGCCGCCACCUACUCGUACGCCAAGCCUAAGCGCGGUGUGUCCAAGUGGAUUAAGAUCGGUGUUCCCCUUCUCAUCCUCAUCAUCGCUGGUGCCGUUGUAGGAGGCAUCUUCGGUGCACGCGCCGCAAGGGACAACAAGAAUAACUCGAGCGGUGGCAGCAGUGGCGGAAGCGGAGGUACCGGAAGCGGCUCGACGCCCAACGUUCAAGGCGCCGCCCUUACCGCUGCUCAGCAGGCUGCCAAGAACGGUGGCAACAACAUGCUCUUCUACCAGGGCACCGACCCUUACGGAAACCCCUCUUUCGUCUCGAACAAUGUCGACACCUCGGCCCCCGCUUACAGCGGAACUGCUCACAACCAGUCUUGCUCCGACUCUUGGACACCCACCAACAGCCUCACCAACCUGCGUCCCCACCCCCGUAUCAUGACCACCCAGGCCGAGUGGGACUGCUUGCCCAACAAGAUCGCCAACGAUGCCUACCUCACCGUUUGGAACUCCACCAUCUUCAAUAACGCCACCAACUGGGCUGGUCAGCCCACCGUCGCCUACAUCGCUGACGGCGGCUUCACCGGUUCAGGUAUCCUCGAUGUCAGCCGAAACAUCCAGCAGCGUGUCAAGGCAUGGGCUUAUGCUUACAAGCUCUCCAACAACACCAUGUACAAGGACCGCCUCUACCUCGAGCUCAACACCGCCGCCGGCAACACGGCCACUCCGUUCGGCCAGAACGGCACUCGCUGGAACGCCGCCCACUUCCUCGACGUCGCCGAGAUGACCGCCGCUUUCGCCAUGGCCUACGACUGGCUUUACAACGACUGGAACUCCACCGAACAGACCAUGAUCCGCAACGCCAUCCUCCAAUACGGUCUCUACCCCGGUCUCAACCAGUACGCUACCGCCGAUGGCUGGUGGAAGUUGCCCGCCAACGGUGACGGCAACUGGAAUUGCGUCUGCAACGGUGGCCUGCUCACCGGCGCCCUUGCCAUCCGCGGCGACGGCGAUGCCAACGCCACUGCCACCGCCGACAGCAUCAUCAACUCGGCGCUCACCAACAUGAAGGCCAACUGCAUGCGCGGCGCCUACGACGACGGCACCUGGACCGAGACGGCCAACUAUUGGUACUUUGGCACCAACGCACAGGGUCGUGCCCUUUCGGCGCUCAUCUCGGCCACCGGCACUGACCAAGAUCUCAUGGCUCAGAAUCCCAACUGGUACAAGACCUCAGCCUUCCACAUGUACGUCUCCGGUCCCGGCGGUCUCUUCGCCUACGGUGACAAUGGCCCCAACAAGUUCGCCACCACCGCCAACCAGCUCAUGCUCUACUCGAAGCUCUCUGGCGAUGCCGUACCCGCCCUGUAUCAGCGUGACCGUGCCGACGCCUCUUUCGACCCCCUCAGCAUGUUCUGGUACGAGCCUACCGCCAAGGGUGCCUACUGGAACGGUCUUCCGCUCGACCGCUUCUUUGACGACACGCGCGGCUCGUGGGCCAGUAUGCGCAGCUCGUGGACCGAUCCGAGCGCCGUCUACGUCGGCAUCAAGUCAUCCAACCUUACUGGACACCAGACGCACGGCGACCUGGACGCCGGUGACUUUGUCAUCGAUGCGCUAGGAACCCGAUGGGCUGGCGAGUACGGCAGUGGAAACUAUCUCUCCACCGACUACUUCUCCAACGAGACACAGGGCUCGGCUCGAUGGACGUACUACCGCAAGGCCACCGACGGUCAGAACACGCUUACCAUCAACAUGCAGAAUCAGGAUGUCAACUGCCAACCCACCAACACGUUUGCUUCGACGGGCGUUUCGCAGAGCGGCGACCUCAGCUUCAAGCCUGCCACCACGGAUGCCGCACAGUUCAUCACCGACAUGAGCAGCUGCUACAGCCAGCCCUCGGGUACCGUGCGCCGAGGUAUCCGCAUGCUCAACGGUCGUCGUCAGGUGCUCGUCCAGGACGAGAUUGGCCAGUCGAGCCAGAUCACCGACGUCCAGUGGCGUGUUCAGACCAACGGCACGAUUUCUCUCUCGUCGGACGGCAAGACCGCCACGUUGACCCAGAGCUCGCUCACCGACCCCAACGCCGCCACCGGCCUCAAAGCUAGCCUUGGCGGCACCAAGACCAUGAAGGUGCAAAUCUUGAGCCCAUCCAACGCCGUGUUCACUGUCGACGGCCCGCCCGCUGAGCGUAUCUACGGCGUUGCCGUUGCCAGUGGACCCGGCGAGGACUCGGACAUUCCCAACACUGGCAUGAGCGCGCUGCAGAUCAGGCUCGGCGGCACUCAGUCCGGCGCCCAGACGGUGCAGGUGGUAUGGCAGCCCCAGUGGGACUCGCUCUCGGCCGCCGACCAGGCUACUCCUAAAUCGGUGCCCCUGAGCCAAUGGAACCUCACCUCGCACAACUAA